UAACACCCCUAGUAAUUUGUGGUUAGUAAAAGGGUACACAAACAAAUUCAAAUAACGGUUUUUUAUUUUUAUUUUAAAAAAAGAAAGAAAUAGAGAAUGCCCCAACUAGCAACAACAGCAGCAAGGGGGAUCUUCUCGACAGGAAGUGGCAAACACAACACAUCCCAUGAUUUCCAAUCCAACCAAUGUAUCCCCGGUAGCUCUGAUUCAUAUAUGCCCUUUACGCACUACCCCUAGAGGAAAAUGCCUUUCAAAUUCCAGCUCAUAAAUGAAGCAUUCAACUUUGAGUGAGGAGCCAAAAUCUACAUUCAUUAACCUCUAAUCUACAUUAUUCAAUGAGGAUUUUGUUCAUCUCAGCAUUCUUUUAAUAAAUGUCAAGCUGAUCCUUUUGUCAAAAUGGGACAUCUAAAGAUGCAAAUGCAAACUGGUCUUAAUCCCACAGAGGAUGAAUACAUGCAAUGUGAUGCAGGAUAUCCAAACAAGACUACCAUAGUAUGCAUGAUCAAUGCAGAAAUUGGUGCUGUUUUGGCUGUCAUGCGAAGAAAUGUUAGAUGGGGAGUUCAUUACAUGUCGGAUGAUGACCAAUCAGAGCACUUUCUUGUUCAGUCUUUAAAGAAAUUAAGGAGGCAGGUUUUCUCAUGGCAAAACCAAUGGCAUGCCAUCAACCCUGCCUUGUAUCUCCAGCCCUUUUUGGAUGUGAUACGAUCAGAUGAAACUAGUGCACCUAUUACUGGCGUUGCUUUGUCAUCUGUUUACAAGAUCUUAACUCUAGAUGUGAUUGAUCAACACACUGUCAAUGUUGGAGAUACCAUGCACUUGGUGGUUGAAGCUGUCACAAGUUGCAGAUUUGAAGUUACUGAUCCUGGAUCAGAAGAAGUGGUAUUAAUGAAGAUUUUACAAGUUCUUCUAGCAUGUGUGAAAGGUAAAGCAUCUGUAAUGCUGAGUAACCAACACAUUUGCACCAUAGUGAAUACUAGUUUCCGUAUAGUUCAUCAAGCAGGAACCAAAGGUGAGCUGUUGCAACAUAUAGCACGGUAUACAAUGCAUGAACUGGUUAGGUCUAUAUUUUCUCACCUUCAGAAUAUUGACAACACAGAGUCUGCAUUCAUAAAUGGGACAGCUACCUUAAAACAAGAGACCAAUGGACUAAAUAAUGAGCAUGCUUUGGCAAGCGGACAAUUGGAAAAUGGGAGGCUGAAUUCUGCACGCGAUGCUCAACCAUUAUCUACAGGCAUUGCUUCCAGUACUGCAACUGAUGUGACAGCAGUUGUAAUUGAUGAAAACACAGCUAUUGCUAGCAGUGGCAAUGAGAUUGAUCCACAGGAAUUACAGCUCCUGACCGAACCAUAUGGGGUUCCAUGUAUGGUGGAAAUAUUUCACUUCUUGUGUUCUUUGCUGAAUGUUGCUGAGCAUAUGGGAGUGAAUCCUAGAUCAAACACAAUAGCAUUUGAUGAAGAUGUUCCUCUUUUUGCUUUAAAUUUGGUUAACACAGCCAUAGAGUUGGGAGGGCCAUCCUUUCGCUGUCACCCAAGACUCCUGAGUUUAAUUCAGGAUGAAUUAUUCCGCAAUCUUAUGCAAUUUGGUUUAUCAAUGAGCCCUCUUGUACUUUCAAUGGUGUGUAGCAUUGUUCUCAAUUUGUAUCACCAUCUUCGUACGGAACUGAAAUUACAGCUAGAAGCAUUUUUUUCUUGUGUUAUUUUGAGGCUUGCACAAAGGAAAUAUGGGGCUUCAUAUCAGCAACAGGAGGUUGUGAUGGAAGCACUUGUUGAUUUUUGCAGGCAAAAAACAUUCAUGGUGGAGAUGUAUGCUAACUUCGACUGUGACAUAAGUUGCAGUAAUGUCUUUGAAGAUAUUGCUAACUUGUUGUCCAAAAGUGCAUUUCCUGUGAACAAUCCAUUAUCUUCCAUACAUGUUCUUGCCUUGGAUGGUCUUAUUGCUGUAAUGCAGGGAAUGGCCGAAAGGAUUGGUAGUAGAUCUUUAAGUUCAGAACAAUCUCCUGUGAAUUUUGUGGAGUAUACUCCAUUCUGGAUGGAAAAGUGUGACAGUUUUGGUGACCCAAAUGAUUGGGUUCCUUUUGUCCGCCGAAGAAAGUACAUAAAGAGAAGAUUAAUGAUUGGAGCUGAUCACUUCAAUCGGGAUGAUAAGAAAGGUCUCGAGUUUCUCCAAGGAACACAUCUUUUGCCUAUCAAACUUGAUCCCCAUAGUGUUGCCUGCUUUUUGAGAUACACUGCUGGGUUGGAUAAGAAUCUCAUUGGCGAUUUCCUUGGAAAUCAUGAUGAACUCUGCGUUCAGGUUCUUCAUGAAUUUGCUAGGACAUUUGAUUUCCGAGAUAUGACCUUAGACACAGCCCUGCGUGUAUUUUUGGAGACUUUUAGGCUGCCUGGAGAAUCACAGAAGAUACAUAGGGUGCUUGAAGCUUUCUCUGAGAGAUAUUAUGAACAAUCACCACAUAUCCUUGCUAACAAGGAUGCUGCUCUUGUGUUAUCAUACUCGAUUAUAUUGCUUAAUACAGAUCAUCAUAACAUGCAGGUCAAAAAGAAGAUGACAAAAGAGGAUUUUAUCAGGAAUAAUAGGCAUAUAAAUGAUGGCAGUGAUCUUCCUCGAGAAUUCCUGUCAGAGAUUUACCAUUCAAUUUGCAAAAAUGAAAUCCGUACCACUCCUGAACCAGGCUUUGGAUUUCCUGAAAUGACCCCAAGUCGGUGGAUUUCUCUGAUGCACAAGUCAAAGAAAACUGCUCCAUUCAUUGUAUCUGAUUCUAGAGCAUACUUGGAUUAUGAUAUGUUUCUGUUAUUGUCAGGCCCAACAAUUGCUGCCAUUUCUGUGGUUUUUGAUAAUGCUGAAAAUGAAGAGGUAUACCAAACAUGUAUGGAUGGAUUCUUAGCUGUUGCAAAGAUAUCAGCCUACUAUCAUCUUGAAAAUGUACUUGAUGAUCUGGUUGUGUGCCUCUGUAAGUUCAUUACCAUUUUGGAUCCGCUAUCAGUUGAGGAAUCUGUCCUGGCCUUUGGAGAUGACACAAAAGCAAGAAUGGCAACUGAGACAGUUUUCACUAUUGCAAAUAGGUAUGGCGAUUACAUUCGCACAGGGUGGAGGAAUAUUCUUGAAUGCAUCUUAAUAUUUCACAAGUUAGGCCUCCUUCCUACUUGGUUGGCCAGUGAUGCAGCUGACGAAUCACAUGUAACUACAGAAACUGGACAUGGGAGGUCUAAUUCAAAUUCUUUAUCCUCAACUCAUCUUCAAUAUAUUACUCCAAAGAGACCCUUUGGAUUAAUUAGCAGGUUUAGUCAACUCUUAUAUCUUGGGGCUGAAGAGGCAGGAUCAAUACCGACCGAAGAACAACUGGUUGCUCAUCAGCAAGCCACACAAGCAAUUCAUAAGUGUCACAUUGACAGCGUAUUCACUGAGAGCAAAUUUCUACAAGCUGAAUCUCUAUUGCAUCUUGCAAAAGCACUCAUUAGUGCUGGAGCUCAACAUCUUAAAGGGAGCAGAAUAUCUGAGGAUGAAGUCACUUCAGUUUUCUGUCUGGAGUUAUUGGUGACAAUCACUCUCAAUAACAGGGAUAGAGUUGGACUUCUUUGGAAGGAUGUUUAUGAACACAUAUCCAAUAUUGUUCAGUCAACUGUGAUGCCUUGUGCACUGGUAGAAAGAGCUAUUUUUGGACUUCUUAGAAUUUGCCAUCGCUUACUUCCCUACAAAGAGAACAUUACUGAUGAACUUUUGAGGUCCCUGCUACUUGUCUUGAAGCUUGACGCACAGGUUGCAGAUGCAUACUAUGAGCAGAUUACACAGGAAGUCAAUCGCCUUGUGAAGGAAAAUGCUUCACAUAUUAGAUCUCAGUCUGGAUGGCGGACAAUUUCAUCACUGCUUUCCAUCACUGCUAGACACCUUGAAGCAUCUGGGGCUGGAUUUGAUGCGCUGAUAUUCAUUAUGUCUGAUGGAGCUCAUUUGCUCCCUGCUAAUUACGUUCUAUGUGUAGAUGUUGCGAGACAGUUUGCGGAGUCUCGUGUAGGACUGGUAGAUCGGUCUAUAGUUGCACUAGAUCUUAUGGCAGGUUCUGUUAAUUGUUUAGAAAAGUGGUCUAAUAAUGCUAAGAAGGCAGUCAAAGAAGAUGAAGUGGAAAAGAUGUUGCAAGAUAUUGGGGAAAUGUGGUUUAGGCUAGUUCAGGGACUGAGGAAAGUAUGUCUGGACCAGAGAGAGGAGGUUAGAAAUCAUGCAGUGUUAUCUUUGCAGCAGUGCUUGACAGGAGCUGUUGGGACUCACAUCCCACGCAAGUUGUGGUUAACUUGUUUUGAUCAAGUGAUCUUCACCGUGCUGGAUGACCUGCUUGAAAUUGCACAAGCUCACUCUCAGAAGGACUGCAGGAACAUAGAAGGAACACUUGUUAUUUCCUUGACGCUCUUGUCUAAGGUUUUUGUCCAGUUACUCCAAGAACUAUUGCAAUUGGAAGCCUUCUGCAAACUAUGGGAGGGUAUGCUAAGCCGUAUGGAAAAAUGUGUGAAGAUGAAAAUUCGGGGAAGGAGAAGUGAGAAGCUUCAGGAGCUUGUGCCUGAUCUUCUGAAGAACACUUUGCUUGUUAUGAAAGCUGGGGGCAUUCUAGUGCACAGCAGUGGCUCAGGAGAUAAUAGUUUGUGGGAACUGACAUGGCAACAUACGAAGAAUAUUGGGCCCUCAUUGCAGUCUGAGGUGUUCCCUGAGCAAGAUUCAGAGCAGUUACAGAUUCAGCACAAACAGAUUGAACCAGUUGGAAGCUUGGGACCUGAUGCAAACAUUUCUGUUCCUUCAAAUGAAAAAGUGGGCCAAGAUGGUGCUAUGAUCAGUUAAUUCUACCUGCAGUGCCUAAGCAACCUGAAUUGGCUUUUCUGUGGCCCUUUGAACACCCCCACAAUCUUAGUCUAACCCUGAUAAAUUCAGUUUUUUUCUAUCUUAAGGUUGUGAGGGUGUUCUAGCUGAUUAUGCCGAACAUGACAUUACUACUAUGGUUGGAGCAGUUUGAUCUGGUUAAGCAUGAAGUGAAGUUGCCUGUUAUUUGGCAUUCUCUCUUUCUCAUAAUUGCCCCAGGGAUUUGGUUGGAGAUAUGUUAUAGUUAUACUACACAGAUACACUCAAAUUAUAAAGCAUGUAUUGUCUUUAUAGGUUGUACAGUACUUGAAAUUGUUAUCUCUUUUAGUAUUUGCUGGGACAUGUAUUUACUUGGUAUGUUAAUGAUGUAAACAGGAAAAUUUUGAGAUGAUAAUGAUCAUAAAUAUGUAUACACAUAAUAAAACAUCCAAGGAUACUUGAGGUGU